CUCAUUCUCAAAUGAGAAAAUGAAAUCGAGUGAAUUUUUUCUAAAAAAAAAAGUGAAAUUAGGAAGUGAAACCAUUUGACGCUAUCGCAGCCACCUCUUUCUCGCUUCCUCCGCCGUCCUACCGUCGUAACACAGAACCUCUCUACUUCGGUGCCACCUCAUUGAAGACUGUCGCAACCACGUUAAAGACCGACGCCCCAUUCAGAUGAAAUGGUGGUUUGUUGGAAAACGGGGGCUGUGGAGGAGGAACACCACAUUCUCAAUCUCUCCGUUUCAUAGGAGCUUACGUUCAGAUGCAGCGUUGGAAGCCAUAGCCAAAGCUUCAGAACAUAAAGUUCCCAACAUAGUUCUCUACAAUUAUCCUUCAUUUUCUGGAGCAUUUUCUGCUCUCUUUGCUCAUCUCUUCCACACUCGUCACAAUCUCCCUUCACUUAUAUUACCUUUCUCUUCUGUUCCCUCCCUCGCUUUCAGGGUUGAAGAUUUGUGCAUUGAAGGCCUUCAGACAUGUUAUCUGCUUGACUUUCUUCCUCCAAAGGAAUUCCUUUUCAAACUUUCCCAUCAAUCAAAUUGCAAGAUUAUUGGGUUUGAUCAUCGGAAAUCAGUACUUAGCAAUAUCCCUUCUGCAAAUGAGUGUACUGAGAAUAUUAUGAUUAAUGUUAACCAUGAGAAGAGUAGCUCUAGAGCUGUUUAUGAAUACUUUACCAACAAACACGAGGAUGUUAAAAGUUCUGAUGAUUUGGUUUCAUGUUUGUUGGAUCCAAAAGACAUAGGGCGUGUGGAGCUUAUUCUUAAGUAUAUCGAGGACGGAGAUCUUCGCCGGUGGAGCUUGCCUGGCAUUAAGCCCUUUAACAUUGGACUGAGUGAAUGGCGGUCAAGGUUUAGCUGCAUUUCCAACCCACACAUGUUUAAGCAGUUGCUGGAAUUGAGCGUUGAAGGCUUAAUUGCUAAAGGAAAUUCAUCUAUUUCAGCUCGUCGGAAUGCUGCAAGUAAAUUGCUGGAAAAGGUUUUCAGGGUUCGGCUGGGUAGAGGAUUUUAUGGAGAGUGCCUGGGAGUUCGGGCAGACGGGAACUCUAACUUAAGUGAUGAAAUUGGCAUGCUUCUUAGUGCGAAAAGUGCUGCUAUUGGUCUGAGGCCCAUAGGAGCGGUCAUAUACAUGCAACGAAAUAAUCUCAAAAUGUGCUUGCGCAGCUCUGACAGUGCUACUGAUACUUCUGAAGUUGCUAAGGCAUAUGGCGGAGGAGGUUCCGCAAGUUCAAGCUCCUUCAUAAUAAGGAUGGAUGAGUAUAACCAAUGGAUUUCAGCAAGUUCCUUAUGAUGGUUUCUAGUGACGAUAUGGCUUGUGACACUUGAAGUGAUCAUAUAUCAUUUUGUGGCAAAAAAAGGGAUAUAUUGAGGCUGCGACAGCGGAUGUGGUGACUGUAGAACACUUGAAUUCCUCAUCUGAUAUGGAGAAUGACGGUAGUGUUAUCAUAGUGUGUCCAUAGACUGUCCUGAUAGUUGAUGCUGCACAUGAUAAGAGUCGAGAAGGUACAACAUGAGCAAGAAGAACAGGGCAUUUAUCUUGAGGAGACUGAUUUCAAGGACAAAAGAUGUGGCAAAUAUAUGAAAAGGAAAUAACAUUCCUGUGGCGUCUAUUUUCUGUUGAGUUUUUAGGUUUUAAUACCCCUGCCGUAAUUGUUUUUCCUACAGUCAGUUAUUGUGAACUUCACAACUUUUGGUAAAAAUAUUUAAAUAAUGUGUUUGAGUGACUUCUAUCCUUUGCUAUUUUCUA